AUGGUCACCACCCGCCGCGGCGCCGGGAAGUCCACCACGCCCGGCCCCAGCACGCCUGGCCCCAGCCGCGGCCCAGCGCGCCGCCGCUCCAACAAUCGCCGCAUCACCAUCGCGCGCUCCCCCAGCAAGACGCUCUCGCCAUCCCCAGCCCACGCGGAGACACCUCCCAGCCGCCGCGCCGCGCGCGCUGCUACGAGCGAUAUCAGGCCGGGAACAUACACCGAGGAGAGCACGAGCUCCAGCAGCAGCAGCGAUGCCGCUUCGUCCUCGUCCCCCUCUUCUUCUUCAAGCCAUGCCUCGCCAGCCGCGAGCAAGUCCCCCUCCCCCGCCGCCGCCCCUGCCACGGCUCGUCGUCCUCGGCGCCGCAGCGAGAAGCGCAAAGCAUCUUCUUCUUCUUCUCCCGCCGCCACCCCUGAAGCUGCUGCUGCUGCUGCUGCUGCUGCUCCUCGACGCGGCGAGAGGCUGAGGAGGGCUUCUGCCAUCGCUUCUUCUGCUGCUGCUUCUGCCGCCGCCGCAGCUUCAGCAGCACGCGGUCCCCAGCUAGGCACAACAAAGCGGAAGAUCGUCUCCUCCGCCGCCUCCCGUCGUCGCCGCCGCGAACGUGACCGUCUCCGUCGUCAGCAGAAGCGGCGAGAGCGAGAGCGAGAGGAAGAAGAGCAGGACAGCGGCGAGGAGUCGCCGGAUGAGAACGACCCGGCCGUCAAGGCGUACAGGCGGAUACAGGCGAAUGGGGAGUUUGUUAAUUUCUGGUAUCCGCCGUAUGAUGGGACGUUGGCGCCGCUGGACCACGCCGCGCAAGGAGAGACCCAGGAGGGGGAGGGGGAGGGGAAUGAAGGCCAGGAUGGGGGCCAGAAUGAGGGAGAGGGAGAAGAGCACCAGCUGCAGAGAGGAGCAACCGGCGUUAUGGAGAUCGCGGAUAGCGAGUCGGAACCAGAAGACCUGCUGCAGCACCACGAACAAGCCGGAGAGCCCAUGGAUGUCGAGACUGGCGGAGAAGCAGUGGUGGAGACUGGCGGAGACGUCGUUAUGGAGACCGCCGGAGAAGUCGUUGCAGAACAAGAAGGAGAAGAACAUGGUGCUGUCGUGGAGGAGGAGGACGAGGAGCCUACCGUGGACUACGCCACCACGGACAUCCUCACGGGCCGCAUCGUCGGGCCUGGCUUCCUCCCGCAGUGGACGGAGAGGGUCCCUGCAGACAUGGGUAUCCUGCGCGAGCUGGAAGCACACCGCGCCCGCCAUGCGGCGCUGAACUCGGGUUGGCCGUUUACUAUUCCUGCUACGCCGCUUUGA